UUGGAUUCUUCUGCCCCCUCGACGAAAAGGUGUGGCCUUUCUACCGAUUCCGAGAUUGAUCGCCCUGGAACGGAGGGAGAAAUGGUCGAUUUCAAUAGGAGAUCGAAGAUGAAACCGGCGUCCCUUUAGACCCUGCCUCCAAUUCUGUUCUCGCACGUAAUGGAAGCAAUCGAUUGGAUCAUAAGAAGAAGAGCAACUGGAUCCAACUUCGGCGAGCAAGUAGAGGGCGAAGCGACGAAACUGCGGCGGCUGAGGCUCCCCUUCUGGUCCUACCCCACGAACCGCCCUCCCGGUUCCUGAGUUCCCGAAGGAGGGCUUGAAUCUUGAGUUGCUACUUCUUCUUCGUCGUCGUCGUCGGUUUCUUUCUCUCCCUCUCUUUGUUUGCCACCUGAUGGGUUCUGUUCCUGUUGGGGAUUCGGGGUUCUGUAGACGGUUUCCUAAUGGUCUAGGGUUUGAUUUUGGGUCGGACGGGUCGUCGUCUUCGAUGGUGUUGGAUCAGGAAAGAAGGGCGCCUUCGAGGCUGGGAGGCAAGAGGGUGGGUGCAGGGAUUCUGGAUGCGAAGACGGCGAUGGCGAUGAAGAGCCACAGCGAGGCUGAGAGGCGGCGGAGGGAGAGGAUCAAUGGCCACCUCGCCGUGCUGAGGAGCAUGGUCCCCUGCGAUGACAAGAUGGACAAAGCUGCCUUACUCGCACAAGUGAUCAGCCAUGUAAAGAAACUCAAGAGGAAUGCUGCAGAAAUCAACAAAAGUUACACUGUUCCAUCGGAUACUGAUGAAGUGAGAGUUGAAGUUGAAGGAGAUAUGACGAUCGCUGGCAGAUUAAUGGUCAGAGCAUCUCUAUGUUGUGACGACCGGCCAGAGAUCCUUGCAGAUCUAAGACAAGCACUGAGUGGUCUGCAUCUGAAAACUGUUAGAGCUGAAAUUUCAACUUUGGGUGGCCGAAUGAAAAAUGUACUCACGAUGACAUCCGAAGGAACCUUUAGCAACGUCGACAAGCAUCUUUUUGUGGCUUCUGUUCACCAGGCCCUGAAUUCCAUACUUGAUAGAGUCAAAUCACGAGAAGACUUUCUGCCAAGGGCCUCAUUCAGCAACAAAAGGCAAAGGAUCUCACCAUUCUGAGUCCUCAAGCUCCUCUUCAUGAAUUCUAUACCAUGGAGUUGAAGCACAUAAUCGCUCUGCUUGCACUCAUCAGGAUGCUACUUUUUCGUUUGUAUCCACUGUGAAAAACAAACUUCAGAUUGCUUAUCGGGCAAGCGUCAUUGAAUUUUA